GUUCCACGCCGCAUCCCAUCUCUCUGUUUCUGUUCCCCGACCUGCUCCAGUUCCUCUGUGCAUGGCGACGUCCAUAGAGCCCCUCGGAUAUGCUGCCGCGGCUUCCUCUGGUUACUCAAUAGCACGGAGUUUUUGAAACUUCCAAAGGAUGGAACUCUCAUUAAUUGGCUACAAUUAUAAUCACCAAUUGGCAAGGAGCUCCGACGCUGACACUGUGCUCACAUCUCCGUCUUCCCUGUUUGCGAACACGCGGAAGCCUGCAGAACCAGGAGCUCCGACCGAGGCACCGCCACCAACACCAUCAGCCGCCCCCUCUCCCCGCUUAAGCCUAGUUUUGGAUGCGGAUGUUGCCUACUACCGAGCGUACUGCGCUCGGAACGCUCUGUGCAAUGGAGGGAACAUUCUCUGUGAUUUUUGCCUGCGUUGCAAGAAAGAAGAUACUGAAAUAAAGAGUGAGGAAGAGAAGGUUAACUCACACCACACUAGGUCGCACAAGAAUAAGAAGCUGAACUUCUCUUGUGAUGUAUGCAAGCUCAAGUUCGCCAACAGGGGUGAUGCUGGACUUCACCAGUACUACGUGCACUCGAAGCCAAACGGGUGGUGGAAUGAAGCAGUCGCUCGCCAGGAUUAGCCCCGAGUCUUGUUAAGUUCAAACAUCAUGCAGCUGUUCCGUUUCGAAGAAAAAAAACAUCAUGCAGCUGUAGUUUACUUUUGUGACAGCCGUUACUCUGUUGUUACCAUUACGACUAGCGGUAUAACUGGGUUGAUCCUUGCACUUCAUAUUUUAGCUGUACUUCAUGUCCUACAUUCGUUUUUUUGGGCCUAGGUGAUAUAUUCACUGGCAAGGUGGAUUUGCUUGAACAAUAUAGGUAAAUAAAGCAUAUGAAAUACUCUAGUAUGAUAACUCUCUGAAUGCAUGAUGAGCCUCUGGCUCUCUUUUGAGCGAAAGCCGGAGUUCAUUUAAUUAUGAGAAUCAUAUAUUGGCUUGCUGGCUUUUCUGACA